AUGAGGAAGAAGUUGGGAAAGUUGUCUAUUCCCUACUAUGAUGGUACAGGGAAGGAUUCAGCACGGACAUGGGUCCAGAAAUUAGAUACUUAUUUUCAGCUUAAUCCCAUGCUUGAGGAGGAUGCGAUUAAGUAUGCUGCAUUGCACUUGGAUGGGAGUGCACAUGAGUGGUGGCACCACGGUAUGGUCACAUUGGCCCAUAAUCAGAUAGACACAUACGCAGAGUUCACUGAGAGGUUGAUUGACAGGUUUGAUAUGAAGGAUCCAGAACUCCAUUUCAUGGAGUUAGCUCAGUUGAGACAAUGGGGUCCUAUCAACAGUUACAUCUCAGAUUUCCAGAGACUAUCAGUGUUGGUUACAGACAUUUCAGAGAGGAGGUUGAUUGUACUGUUUGUGGAUGGAUUGUCAAAGGCUCUUCAUGGUUGGAUGGAGUACUUCUCUGUUGAGGAGUCACAGUCAGAGGAUGAGGAGCAGCAGUUAGAGUCUGAUGGUGAGAGCAGUGCCACUAAGGAGGGUUCAGGGAAUGAGAAGUCCCUAGCUAGAUUGACAGGUGCUCAAAAGGCAAUUACUUUUAAGGUGCGUGGUACCAUACAGGGACAAAAGGUGGUUGCUUUGCUGGACACUGGGGCCACACAUAAUUUCAUAGAUUCACAGUUAGUGGCUAGGAGAGGGUGA